CCCUUCUCUACGCUCGCCAUUUUGCUUCAACAAACAAAAAUCAAGAUCUUCGAUCUUGACGUGUCCCGCUUAAAUUAACAAAUUCCCUGAAAAUUUGUCCAGUAAAUCGCUUAAAAACAAGUUAAAAACAAUCCAAAGACUCUCCCUAAACAGUACAAAGUGUUUCUAUUUCAAAUUUCACUCGAAAAAUUCAAUUUUCAUCCCCCAAACACCAUGAUGUCAAAACGUAGUAGAUACGUUUCGGAAAGUACAUGCACAUCCGAUGAAGAAAUGGAUUAUCCAAGAAAUAACCAGCAGGCCAGGUCAAGAAAACCUACCAGAAUACCAAAAUGCUUUACGAAAAACGCACUCAUGGCCAGAGAGAAUCGCUUGAGAAAAAAACAAUACAUUGCCAGUCUGGAACAACAAGCUUCUACAUUAAAAGAGGCAAACAAGGAUCUCAAUAAAUUGCUUAGCAAUCAAAGUUGCACCAUCGACAACCUUAAAAAGGAAGUAAAAUAUUUAAAAAAUGUCUUGGCUAAUAGUUCUAGUAUUGGCAAGUUAUUGCAGGCAAUUAACGCUGGCACUGGCAUGGCAGUAUCCACAUCAAUAAAUAAAAAACUAUCAAUCCCUAUUGCUAAAAAAAAUGUGCCAGAAAACGUAUCAAGGCACCCGUGGGAAGAAACAGCUACUUACCCCACAUAUCCUACCCCAGAAUCCACAAUGUCUAGUCCUAAUUUCCAACAGCUGGAUAAUGAAUUGCUACUAGACAUGGACAUACCAAUUGAAAUGGACAAUGAGGAAUUAUUGGAAAUUCUUAACGAGGACGUUUUGGAAUCUCCAAUAAUGGAUGAACACAAUUAUUAUAAUUCAUUUAAAGGAGAGGCAGAUGAAGAAACUGUAACUGAAGAGGAAGAAGAAGAUGAUGGAAUAUGUUUACAUGUUUCCAAAAAUAAAGUUUCAUUGGAAUUUUGCCAAUCGUGCAGUGACAAAGCUGCAAGUUAAUUAGGUUCAAAAAUUGUCUGUAUCGAACCAAUUAUUUUUGUAUUACUUCUUUUGUACUUGUGAAUUUUCUCUUUUUAGGAUGGACCCCCCUCGAAUGAGCCUCAAGGGCAAAGAGAUGAACCUACUUCACAAUUAUUUAUCCAGUCGUAUAAAAUGGAGCUGAAUUUUUGCAGAACGAAUGGGAUCUCUUUAUAAACAGUAUAGUAUAAAACUGAAAAAUGUAUCGUUCCUUAUAAAUUAUUGAAGCUUUAGUUUUGGGUGCCAAAAAUAGCGAUUUAUUCAUGAUUGAUGAAUUGUUCAUCAUGAAAAAAUAGCUCAUUGGUUUAGGCCCAGUUUCACAAUUGGUGGUAACCUGCACUGGUUGACCACUUUAUAGUCUGAAGCUUGAUCAAUCGUUUUAGCAAAACCACACAUUAUAAAACAGAUAUGUUGUAGGUUACCAGUGUCUUGUCACCGUUGGGUUACCACUGUUUGUGAAACUGGCGAUUAGUAGUUUUUUUUUUUCAGAUCAGUUUCUUUUUGGGUAUUUUGUAACACUUUACUGAUUAUACGAGUUUUUGAUUUUCAGCCAACCAACUGGAAUCUAUUUCAAGGGGCUCCAUUCCUGCUAGAAAUUGGGUAAUUUGUAGUAUUAUAAGAUUUUUUAAUGUAUAAGGGUUUAUAAUUAAGGUGUUUAAUAUUAUAUGAUAGAAAUAA